CCCGGGGCGAACCGGGCAGGGCCAGGGCGGACCGGAGCCAACAGCCGGGCCCCCUCCCCGCCUGCCCGGCGCCGCGGGGGCCCGGGCCGCGCCCCGCGCCGCGACCGCUCCCCUCUGGAGUUGACCUGGGGGCUCAGGGGUCGGGGGCUGAGUCUGGCCCCGCCUCCAGGCGCGCGCGGCGCUGGGGGGCGACUAAGGGGGCCCCGGUGCGGCGUCCGACCCGGCUACGGCCGGGGGGCGCGAUCGCCCGGGGCCGGGGAGGGGGUCGCGCUCCCUCCCCUCCCGAAGGGUUAAUUUUGCAGCCUGGCGCCCCCCACCCCUCCGUGGGGCAGGUUGGGGGUGGGGUGGGGCGGGUGUGAGCCCGGGCCGGCGCUGCAAGCUGCUGGGAGGGCGAUGGCGUAGGAGCCAGGCAGAGAGGGGGAGGGGUGGGCCGCCCAGCGCCCCGGAGUUGGGGUGUGCGGGGUGCGCAGGGCGAGCAGGGGCCCCGCAGCCGCUGUGCCGUCGGGGCAGGGUUGUGACUGUGAGUCCCGGAGAUUGUGUGUCUCCUGCUGUGUUGUGGGGCAAGGUAAACCUCUCCCCGGGCGCCACCGUUUGCUGGUCCGGCGGCCAGGGGUCCGGGUAGGGCCCUGCCUGAGCCACGGGGACAGAGAGCCUGGUGGAAGGGUGUCCAGGGGUGUGGGGCAGAAUUACAAGAGGUGGCCCUGUGGCUCUGCGUGACAGGUCCGCAUAGGAAAGCAGGGCACAAUCCAUGCGGAGUUUUGUCAGAUGUGUGGUUUUAUGUAUGUUUGCUGCUGGCAUGUGUUUUCUCGCACACAUGAACUAUUUAUGAACUGUUGUUUUCUGCGCAGCUGGCGUGGUUAGGGUAUGUGCUGUGGAGGGCACCUGCGGGCGGCGGGUAUGUGCCUGUCUGGAGGGGGCUGUUGUGUACCUCUGGGUCAGAAGGUGUCAUGUCCGGGUCCCCUUUCUGUGCCCUGCUGAGGUGUGGCCCUGUGUUGGCGAGGAUGGCCCGCCCGCAGGGUUUGUGGGUCUGCGUGUUGAGUGAGUUGCACGGUGGGGGGAAGCAGGUCUAGAACUCAGGUCCCCAGGAUCUGGGUGGCAAGUGAGAAGCCCCCAGGGUAUGUCUAGGUACUUGUGGGGCCGUGGACCCCGGGCUGGGGGAACGUACAGGUUGUGUUUAUGGGAUUGUGGGCAGCCAGGCAAGGGCAAGGUUGUGUGUCUGUAACAUUCUCUAUGGGAUUCUUUUGUGACGUUGUUUGUGGGAGCCUGUCUGUGCUGUGGGGCUGGGAGGCGAGCCGGUCAGAAAACACUUGUGGGGAGGGAGGUGGCGUGACAAGGGCAAUGUGGGCCUCAGCCCCAGGAGAUCAGGCGCGAGCCGUGUGUGCGUGCCUGCCUUCCGUGUGGCUGAGCGGCCGUGUGGGGCUGCUGUGGGGAUCUGUUAUGAAGGAGGGAGCGAGAUAAAUAUGGGGCAGAGCAAGGGCAGCGGGUGGGAGGCCUGGGUGUUGUUGGGGUGGCCCGGCCGGUCUUUGUGCGGGGUCCGUGUCAGGGUCACCGGGAGGAGAGGCAGGGCUGUGGCAAGGAAACUAAGCUUGGCCCCGGGUGGCUUCUUGGCCGUGUUUACGUAAAGGCCGGGUGUGACUCUUGUCACUGACAUGGAAAAAAGAAACACGAAGUUUUCAGUCCCCUCCUCUGGCUUCACCCUCCUCUCUACCCCCUCCCCCCCGGUACCUCUGCUUUUCCUGCUCUUCUGUGACGCACAUGGGGCCGCUCCUGCCCCUGUGGAGGGGUCUGGGAAUGGAAUUCACUCACGAGGCAGAUUGCUCAGAACAGGUUUUCCUCACCUCUGUGUGUGUGUGUGUGUGUGUAGGAGUGAGAGGUGUGUGUGCUGCGCCUGGCCUGGCUGGGGGGGGUGGUGCGCUUACGUACUGCGCAGAGAGUGGGUGAGGAGGGCACUGGAGCCAGGCCCUUUGGUGCCAUGGGAGUGGGGGUCUGCUGGCCACUGUGGGAGGCAGACACAGCGGGUCCAUUAUGGCCUGCUGGAGGGGAGGGGGGUCUGCACUAGAUGUGAAGAGUUCUGGCCUUGAGGGAGCCUCGGUUCCUCAUAAGUAAAAUGGGACUCGAUCCCUGCCCUGGUCUUCUAAUGGGGACAUAAGUGGCACAUGGGAAAGUGCCUGGACGGCAGCUCCAGUCUGGGGGCUCUGCCCGUGCCAGCCCCCCUUCUCAGGGCCGGGCCCAUAGCAGUGGAAGUGAACUCGGAUCGAGCAUGCACAGUGUCCCGGGCCCUGCUCUCCGUGCUUUUCCACGUCUUCAUUCAUGUACUCUUUGCAACACCCCGUGGAAGGAGGUGUUCGAAUCAUCUCCCUUUUUCCAAUGAAGACAGCUGAACCCAGAGAAGUUAAGUCAUUUGCUCAAAGCCACCUUGCUGCCCCGGAAGAUUGGGCCAAAGGGACUUGAGAGCGAUCCAAGAGGCUUCCCUGGACCUGUGGGACUGCGCUACGCUGCUGCAUCGCGUGGAGAAGGAAGAGGCCCCGCAGAAGGGACUCGCUGAGCCUCCCCCACUCUGCUCCAUGUUGGCUGUGCCCUCAGGCUGGCGCCAUGCCCCCUCCAGCGGAGGUGACGGACCCGUCGCAUGCCCCCGCUGUCCUGCGUCAGCUCAAUGAGCAGCGGCUCCGAGGCCUCUUCUGUGACGUCACCCUCAUAGCUGGAGACACCAAGUUCCCUGCUCACCGCAGUGUCCUGGCUGCUUCCAGUCCUUUCUUCAGAGAGGCCCUGCUUGCUUCAGCUCCACUCCCCCUCCCACCAGUUACUGGGGGCUCUGCCCCUAACCCAGCCACCACCACAGCUGCCUCCUCCUCCUCUUCCUCCUCCUCCUCCUCUUCUUCUUCCUCCUCCUCUUCUUCCUCUUCCUCCUCUUCCCCCCCUCCGGCCUCACCCCCCACUUCCUCCCCACCCCGGGUCCUGGAGCUGCCAGGGGUCCCCGCAGCUGCCUUCUCUGAUGUCCUCAACUUCAUCUAUAGUGCCCGGCUUGCUCUACCUGGCGGCGGAGGGGACGGGGCAGCGGUGGCAGAGAUCGGAGCUCUGGGGCGGCGUCUGGGCAUCUCCCGCCUGCAGGGCCUGGGGGAGGGAGGCGAUGCCUGGGUACCUCCUGCCCCAGCGCCCAUGGCCACCUCACAGCCCGAAGAUGAGAGCUUUGGGCCAGGGCCGAGGGCUGCCGGGGAGUGGGAGGGGGACCGGGCUGAGGCCCAGGCCUCUGACUCGCAGGCCCCCCUGUCCCGUCGGCCCCUCCCCUGCCCGCGCUGCGGGAAAAGCUUCAUCCAUCCCAAACGGCUGCAGACCCAUGAGGCGCAGUGCCGCCGUGGGGCCGGCACCCGGGGUACUGCGGGGCUGGCCUCCGGGGGCUCAGCCCCCAGCGGUCCCGCCGGCGUGGAUGCCUCGGCCCUGCCGACGCCAGUGGGCUUCCGCGGCGGCCCCGAGCACGUGGUGAAGGUGGUGGGCGGCCACGUGCUGUACGUGUGCGCCGCCUGCGAGCGCUCCUACGUGACGCUGUCCAGCCUGAAGCGGCACAGCAACGUGCACUCGUGGCGCAGGAAGUACCCGUGUCGCUACUGCGAGAAAGUGUUCGCGCUGGCGGAGUACCGGACCAAGCACGAGGUGUGGCACACCGGGGAGCGCAGGUACCAGUGCAUCUUCUGCUGGGAGACCUUUGUCACUUAUUAUAACCUGAAGACCCACCAGCGAGCCUUCCACGGCAUUAGCCCCGGGCUCUUAGCCAGUGAGAAGACACCCAAUGGAGGCUACAAGCCCAAGCUUAAUACCCUCAAGCUGUACCGCCUGCUUCCCAUGCGGGCUGCCAAGCGGCCCUACAAGACCUAUAGCCAGGCCGCCCCUGACGCCCCGCUCUCUCCAAGCCUCAACACACCGGCCCCGGUAGCCAUGCCUGCCAGCCCCCCACCCGGGCCCCCUCCCGCCCCGCAGCCCGGCCCCCCGCCCUCCGUCAUAGCAUUUGCCCACCCUGCUCCCUCGGUCAUUGUUCACGGGCGUAGCAGCAGUGGUGGAGCAGGGGGGGGGCCGGCCACCGCGGGGGGAGCCCAAGCCGCCUCGGUCAUCACUUACACUGCACCCCCGAGGCCCCCCAAAAAACGUGAGUACCCACCGCCUCCCCCCCAACCUGCAGCCACGCCGAGCAGCCCCACCACCGCGGGCAGCCCGGCCACCGCCGCGGGCCCGGCCACCGCCACGGAGGAGGCCAAGGGCCGCAACCCACGGGCUGGAAGGACUCUGACCUACACGGCCAAGCCAGCCGGCGGGAUUGGCGGGGGUGGGGGUCCCCCUGCGGGGCCUGGCCGGGGCCCCUCUCAGCUCCAGGCCGCACCUCCACUGUGUCAGAUCACUGUGCGCAUCGGGGAGGAGGCCAUUGUCAAGCGCCGCAUCUCAGAGACUGACCUGCGCCCCGGGGAGCUGAGCGGGGAGGAGGUGGAGGAGAGCGAGGACGACGACGACGACGAGGACGACGACGACGACGAGGACGACGACGACGACGAGGAGGAAUCGCGGGCCGGCGGGGAGGACCAGCUCUGGCGGCCCUACUACUCCUACAAGCCCAAGCGCAAGGCCGGGGCGGCGGGCGCGGGCAGCGGCGGGGGCGGCGCGCUGCCCCGAGGCCGCCGGCCGCCGCGCUGGAGGCAGAAGCCGGAGCGCAGGAGCUGGGAGGACGCGCCGGCCGCCGAGGGCCCCGCGGGGCGCGCCCGGGCCGAGCGGAGGCACCGCUGCGGGGACUGCGCCCAGACCUUCGCCACCGUGCGGAAGCUGCGCAAGCACCAGGAGGCGCACGGCGGCAGCGCGCAUGGGGCCCGCGGCGGCCGCAGGCCCUCCAGCCGCUUCGCUUGCCCGCACUGCGCCAAGGUGUGCAAGACGGCGGCCGCCCUGAGCCGCCACGGGCAGAGGCACGCGGCCGAGCGGCCCGGGGGCACCCCCACGCCCGUCAUCGCCUACUCCAAGGGCAGCGCUGGCGCCAGAGCCGCGGAUGUCAAGGAAGAGGCCCCCCAAGAGAUGCAGGUGUCCUCGUCCAGCGGGGAGGCGGGGGGCGGGAGCGCCGCGGCUGCCGCGGAGGGAGCGCCCGAGGCCGCCUCUCUGCAGGACCCUGUCAUCUCGGGGGGUGAGGAGCCCCCGCUUGUGGCGGGAGGGGGCACCUAUGCCUAUCCGCCUGUGCAGGAAUUUCCCCUAGCUCUGAUCGGGAGCGGCAGGGAACCUGGCGGCGGGAGGGGCAAAGCUGGCAGUGAGGGGCCGGUGGGCGCUGGGGAGGGGGACCGGGUGGAGGGGAUGGGGGCUGCCAAAGUCACCUUCUACCCAGAACCCUACCCGCUCGUAUAUGGCCCUCAGCUCCUUGCUGCCUACCCUUACAACUUUAGCAACCUGGCUGCUCUCCCGGUUGCUCUUAACAUGGUCCUACCUGAUGAGAAGGGUGGGGGGGCCCUUCCCUUCCUUCCGGGGGUCUUUGGCUACGCAGUCAAUCCUCAAGCCGCACCCCCUACUCCCCCAACCCCACCUCCCCCGACCCUUCCCCCACCUGUCCCCCCUAAGGGAGAAGGGGAAAGGGCAGGGCUUGAGAGAACCCAGAAGGGAGAUGUGGGGUGAGCUCUGGGCCCACCUCCCCCCUUUCACCAGAUGCCACCCUCCCUGAACCCCCUGCCACUACCAGCUCCCUGGCUUCCCUGCCCCUUGGGAGCCCCUCCACACUCUUGUGCAGGGACUUGGGGGCCCCUGGAGCUCAGGGGUCAGGCUGCUUUGUGUGAGAUUGUAGUUUUCCCAUCUCCUGGGAAGGGAUCUUGGGUGGUUCCCCUCUCAGUUCUCCUCCAGGGAAUGGCCUCCGUGAGGGGCAGGGCCAGCUCCCAUCCUUUCUCCAGCCCUCGGGGCAACUGAGCAAUAUACUUACAUGAAUCUCUCUACUCACGGCCCCCACCAGCUCUGAAUGUCUAACCCACCCUCCUGAUUCGUAAACCCCGGGGGGAAACCAUCUCUCUCACCUAGUGACCUCCCCUCAUUCUGAAGCUUUCUCUAAGCCCCUGCCUAGACGCUUCCUAGCACAUUCCAUUCUUUGUGGCCCAAGGCCUGGACCAGACCAUUGUGAUACCUGACCCCCGCCCAUCUGGGAGCAUGGCUUCUGGUUCCAUUCUCUCCAGGGGUGGGUUUCUGUGUCCCUGUCUCCUUCACGUGACGAUGCCAUGCCUUCCUGGGCUCCCAUGCCUUUGGGUCUUCCAUAUUGCUCCUCGCUCUCCUACUCUGGAGAUGGCCUCUUCCGAUUCAGGUCAAGGAGGUGUUGCCGGGAGGGCUACGUCUGUUCCACGGCUGAGCACUUUCCCAGCCCAGGGCAGCAUGAAUCUUGGCCCUAUCUUGACCCCCAAAUCCAGUGAGCUCCAGAUUCUUCCAAGGCAAAGAGGUGAGCAGAUCGCACCUCUUCCUGCCUCUACCUAUGGCCUCUUCUGGGCUAAAUCAGAUUUGGGGGUCGGUGGGGAGGAGCUCCAUAUGGGAUGGGGAAGGGAAUCUACUUUCUCCCUUUUUUGUUUUUUUUUUGUUUGUUUGUUUUUGCUUCCUGAUGGUUUCUCCCAGACUAGACCAAAUAGCCAGAAAAGUGAUGGGGGUUGGAUGGGUGGCUAAGCCCAAGAUUUGCACAUGACCUCCCAUCCUUACCUUUACCUCCAUCUUCCCCAGUGUCGUUUCCUCACCAUUCACUCCAGGUGGUUUUUGGGGAACCAUCCUACUCCCUUGGUGGGCUUUGGGGUAUCCCCACCAACUUUUCCUCCAGAAUAGCACCUUACACCCCAUCUUUGACUCAGUUCCCCACACCCAAAGAUCCCAGCCUAGGGAUGGGGUGCAGGGACCUUAAACAGUCCCUGAUCCCUAAUUUGCACUAGUUAACCCUGGUCAGGGGUCCAUAUGUUUCCUUCCAGCGGGGGAGUUGAAGAAAUGUUUGCUCCUAAUUCUCUUUAACGACCGGGCAUCCCCACUCUGUGAUUGGAUGAACGUUUCCCAACCCAACCCCCCAAAAAAAAAAAACAGCUCACAAGGGGAGAGCCAGUUUGGGGGAGCAAAUCUGGUAAAUGGGAAUUAGAGGAGUGCAGUUUAAAAUGGGGAAAGGCUGCCACUAUUUAGAUGGGAGCUUUAUCCUAGCUACUGUUUUCCGGGGCCAAGAUGGCUGCCCUCUUUCUCGGCUAAAAGGGCAAGAUCAUGGCUUUUGGAGGGAGGUGAGCUUGGGGGAAGGACCAGGAGCAUCCUCCUGCCUCGUCUUAUCCUCCGAGUCUAUAGGAAGGGGGAGGUUUUUGACAGGCUCCUGAAUGUUAACCAUGGAGGAGUGUCAUUCCUUCUCUCCUCCUCUGUCUCUUUGCACUUUUCCUGGUCUUGGCCACAGUCCGAGUGGAGUUUCCUACUGAAUGUACCAAGUUCCAAUUUUUAAGGGGGUAAAAUGCUUAAAAUGGGAAAAUGCAAAAAAAAAAAAAAUCACUAAAAAGUUCCCACAAAUCUCGUUUCUGGCACUUUAGAAAAACUGCGAAAAAAACAUAAUAAUACAUAUAUAUAUAUAUCUACACACAAAUUUUAUAUAUAUAUAUAUACACACACACACACACAUAUAUACACACACACAUACACACACGCACACACACACAGCGGAACCACAAGAGAGACAGAAGCCUUGGAGGCAGGGGGCAGACGCGAUGACAGCUCCCCUCUAUCCUUAACCUGCACUCCUCUGAGGCAAAAAGGCACAGGAAACGGAAGGAGUUGAGGACGGACCGGGGGAUUUGCGUUUCAGAACAGGUCAAAAUUCCAAAACCACGGACAUUUUGGGGAGAACUGAGAUUGCAGGCAUUUAUUUUUUUGGCAAAUAUGAUUUAGGAAACUAGCUUACAGAAUUUGGUGGUUCUGGGCAACAAAUGAGGUUGUGGCAAAUUGGAGAUCAAAAUACGUGUAUCCGAGCUGGGGAACUUAAUAUUGUGAAUUUCAGACAUUGGAAAUUUGGGAUUUUGCAAUUUCGUCUUUGGAAAAUGAUUCAAGUCUUGUCAGUUUGUGCCCUCUUUCCCGGUGCUCCCUGGGGAAAAGGGUGAUGGUGGAGUGGAAAGGCCACUGGCUCUGUGCCACAGCACGCAAGGUUUAGAAUCCUACAGACUGUAGUUCUAUAUGUAGUGAGGACCCAGAUUUAGAGAAACUGACCAAUAUUUAUCUCCGCAUCUGUGUGUGUGUCCAACUCUCUAGGCCAAUAAACCAACAAGACAGACAAA